AUGAUCGCCAUGGAGGUUCGCAAGUCUUCAGAUGUUUCUUUGCGGGAAUUUGGCUGUGAACAAAAUCUUCUUUCGCGACCAGACGGAUCGGCGUCAUUCGUGCAAGGUGACACAAGUGUGCUGGCUGGGAUGUAUGGUCCUGCAGAGGUCAAAGUCAGCAAAGAAAUCUAUGAUCGUGCAACACUGGAAGUGCUUAUUCAACCUAAAGUUGGCCUGCCGAGUGUCCGGGAGCGUUCACUUGAGCAGUGUGUGCGAGAAACAUGUGAGGCAUCUUUGCUGUCUUUUCUUUAUCCUCGUUCGUCACUGACUCUUAUUCUUCAGGUGGUACAUGACGAUGGUUCACUCCUAUCCUGUUUGUUGAACGGUGCUUGUAUGGCUCUAAUGGACGCAGGUCUGCCAAUGAGUUGUCUCUUUUGUGGAGUGACAUGUGCCAUAAACGCAGAUGGAGAAAUAAUUACAGAUCCCACUGCUGCUCAAGAAAAGCAAUGUAGGGCAAUUUUGACUUUUGCCAUUGAUAGUACAGACCGUAAAGUAAUGAUGUCAUCUACUCGAGGCUCAUUUUCAGUUCAUGAGCUACAAGAGUGCAUAGCAGUUUGCCAAAAAGCUUCAGAGAAGCUUUUUAAGUUCUACAGAGACUCUGUCCAACGCAGAUAUUCUAAAACUGUUUGA